CUGUACUUUACUUUCACAAUCCACGCUUCGUGUUGGCUCGAUGACCAGCUCGCGCGCUGGCGAUCCCCAAGGCCGCAACCGUCCUCUUCAUGCAGCACAUAUCUCCAUGAUCCAUUCUACAUGACCGCCCAGUCGUCUCCUACCACCACCCUCAGCCAUGAUCUCUUCCCGCACCUGGUGGAUGCGAUUCUCACGUUUGCAGACCUCCCAACUCAGCUGGCCUUUCGUGCGACAUCCCACAAGUUUCUCGCCAAGGUGGACGACGUUCUCUUCUCCCACGUCCUCUUCGCACUGCGCCAUUUCCCUCCAUCCUACGGCGCUGGCAUAGACACAGCGGUCACCGUACUCCAGCCUGUACCGCCGUACGCGCGUCUCCCGUUCUUGCCGUGGGACCUGGAUGAGUCGCCACCCACUCCCGACGACCUCGUUCCUCCAGUAGGAGAUAUUCCCGGCUUCGACCCUACGGACCCCGACUCGUAUCCAUAUGCGCCGCUGUCCGAGCGUACAACCUCGAGGCGUGCACAACUCGCACGUGUGCGCGUGCUCGACUAUCAUCCCUUCCGCGGCACACAGGCUGUCAAGGUUGGCCAGCUGCUCACUGGCCUCGCGGUGCUUCGCCGGCGGCGUCCGCUCCCCUGCGCCACUCACGCCCCAUGUGCGGUCGACUAUCUCAAUCUUACGCUGCCGAUCUACCACCGCUCCGGGAAUGUUCCAUGGGCACUCUUCACAGCACCUCCGGGAGCGCGUCGUUACGUUCUCCAGGUUUCCUUUGACCCAUCUCACCCCUUCCUCGGCGAGGCGCUCGUCUACAUGGAUCUUCGAGACGUGCAAGAGCUUUGCAUCGUGUUCACCCCGCAGCAUGUCGCACCAAAAGACGGCGUCACGAUCGGGCGCCCUGCCUACGACGAUGUACCGGCUCUGGGCAUGCUUAGUGGGUUCUUGAAGAGCAUCGCGCACGCCAUGUGGGACAUCCGCGAUACGUUUGACAUCGAACUUGUCGGCCUCGAGCGCAUCCCUCCUGGUUUUCUAGGGCUCGAGGAGGGUCUCGAAGGUGAUGCGCUGGUAUAUGCUUUCAGGAAGAAGUGGGACGAGGUUGCCAGCGUGUGGAUCGACAACGUGCGUGGCGCGAACAGCGCCUAUCGCGACGAACUUCGUCGCAGGGCGAGCUGCCCCGUCAAGUUAACGACUCUCACAGACUGGCAUACGCGCGCUUCAAGCGUUGAACAGACGAUCUGUCCGAUGCUGCCAGGGGUCAACGAGGACGCGCGGGACUUCAAUGAGUGGGCGGACGGAAGUCGCCUGGUAAGCGCGGACGGCCCAGACGAGGAAGCCGACUUCCUCCCUCGGGAGCCGUGGUCGGGCCAUGUGUCUCAGCGCGCCAUAGAUUGGAUGAAGGCGCAUCAGUCGGAGCGAAACGGGGCAUGAAUGGGGUCAUGCCGCUUCAAUAGACCUCUCAAUCGUGCAGCCAUAGGUCAUGUGCAUUGCGUUAUUCUUCCUCG